AAUUAUGAGUAACGGAUAUAUUGUUCACAGCAUCCACACAUUGUGUCAUGUUCCGCGCGGUAGUUAUUAUAAGUCUACUCUAUUGUCCUCUUCUUCACAAAUCUAAGGGCCCAGCAUGAGCGGCGGAUCCGCGCAUAUUGGCAAUUACAUACAUACACUUACGCAAGAAGAUGGGAUCGACGAUACAUAGUAGCACGAGACUAAUUCAACCACGUGAUUCAAUCCCAGUCGCCAUCCUCAUGCUGGGGGACGUGUCACGUUUGCCCAGACUCCAGGGGGAUGUAUUAAUACAGGGUUAGCAGCAAUUUCAGACACGCCAAGUUCACCCGCCUACAGUUGAGUUGAGCACACGCGUCGCGGCGUCACAUUGGGAUCGUCCUUGCAAAGUUCAAUAUUGCUCUCCUCCCUGGCAGUCACUGACUGAAGGAUACCAUGACUCAGACCCGGAGUCCAGCUGCAUCUCUGACUGCGCUGUUGAACGCACCGCCCCACCAAGUCCGAGCAACGCUCCUCGCUCUCUGCAGCGACAGUUCCAUCCUCACAAAGGCCUUGAAACACCACGCUACACUGCAGUCGCAGCCUGCCACACUACAGCCGUGGAUCUGCGUACGGUGCAAGGCAGCAUUCGACGCGAGCAACAAUCCUGAGGAUGCCUGCCGGUUUCAUCCAUCCGUGGUGUCUGUAGAUCACAGCUCUGAGGUCUGGGCUGAUACAGACGAUUAUUGUUUGAAGGGCUUAGCGAAGACGAGGAUAUGAUGGAAGAGAAUCCGGAAGGGUACUCAUGGGGCUGCUGCGGCGGCCAAUAUGACAGCAAACCAUGCGCGGUUGGGAAGCAUAGCGCGUACUCGGAUUACGUUCUCCAGAAUGCAAGGGACCAAGGGGUCGUCUCCAUUUCUGGCGAUGAACAUGCACCAGAGGACGAUCUGCAAGAGCACGACGAGGAUGGCGAUAGCGACGGCGAUAGCGAGCCUCCAAGCAAGAAACGCAAGGCCUAGAAUUUAGU